AGAAUAACUUAUAACAACAGACUGAUCCCAGGAACCAAAACAGCUGCAGAGUGGCCUGGAUGUUUAAAGCGCCUGGACGGGAUUCAUGUGUUGGUGUCUGCAGAAGCAACACCUCUGGGUCCCCAGCAGCCAGUGGCCCAGGUGGGAAGAAGUCCGGUCAGUUCAUCAGCACCAACCAGCUAGGAAUGUCUGGAUGUGAUUGGACAGUGCUAUUGCCCAGGAACGAGUGACAACGGUUAUUUUCAAUAACAUCUCGAUGACAGUUAUGUCUCAGGAUUAUAAGGAUUAAAUGUCUAUAAAAGGCUUAACAGGGCUCUUGGAUACAUGGGUGUCUUUGUGUCUUCUGGGGGCUGCUGUUUAUCUUUCUUUUAUACUUACAUAUCGCCUAUAUCCACACUUUCAUUUAUUCCCAUCACCCUCCUCCUGCACACAAAGCCAGCACCAUUUUGUAAGGGAUUCCCUCCAGACGUGACAAGAAACAAAGUGUUUUAAACCCAUAUCCAACAACUAACAGAGUCCCCUUAGUUCAUACAUAGAGUAAUAGGAACUGUUAGUCAAUAUGAGGACUCUCCUUCCGUUCAGCUCCCGGUGAACUCAAAGAAGGCUACUUUCUCUUUAAAUGCAAAUCACCUCCAGGCAGCUUAGCUCCCACCAGCGCUAGUUCCCGGGAGGAGAGAGAGAGAGCAGGGAAGAAGCACCAUUUCUCACUCCUCAUCCCAAACCUCCAGGCCUGAGGUCCAACAAGCACCCAAUGGAUGACAAAAAGAAGAAACGGAGUCCUAAGCCCUGCCUGGCCCAACCAGCACAGGCCUCAGGCACACUACGGAGAGUCCCUGUGCCCACCAGCCACAGUGGUUCCUUGGCCCUAGGACUCCCUCAUCUGCCAUCACCCAAGCAGCGAACCAAGUUCAAGAGAAUAGGCAAGGAGAAAUGCCGACCGGUGCUGGCUGGAGGUGGAGGCGGCUCUGCAGGCACACCCCUGCAACACUCCUUCCUGACCGAGGUGACAGAUGUCUAUGAGAUGGAGGGGGGACUGUUGAACCUGCUCAAUGACUUUCAUUCAGGCCGCCUGCAGGCCUUUGGGAAGGAAUGCUCCUUCGAGCAGUUGGAGCAUGUGCGGGAGAUGCAGGAGAAGCUGGCCAGACUGCACUUCAGCCUGGAUGUGUGUGGGGAGGAGGAGGACGAGGACGAGGAAGACGAUGGCGUCACAGAGGGCUUGCCUGAGGAGCAGAAGAAGACAAUGGCUGACCGCAACCUGGACCAGCUGCUUAGCAAUCUAGAAGAUCUUAGCAAUUCCAUACAGAAGUUGCACCUGGCAGAGAAUGCUGAGCCCGAGGAACAGCCAGCGUCAUAGGUGUCGGACCCAGGCCUAGACCGCGUCUCUCCUUCCCUUCAAACUGUGACUUUUUACGGACUCGGGAGGGCAUUGCACAGCCCCCCAGGUGCUACGAGGUGGGGGGCACUGGAUGGAAUUAAACGGAAAAGCAACUCCUU